UAGGGUGGAUGGGGUUUAAUAACCGUGCAUCAUUAUAGUAGCGGGCAGUCUAGCUUUAAGACAUGCCAUACCUCUCUGGCACUGCUUCUUUUUUGCAAUACAUGUACUACUUAGUUCGUUUUAAAGAAGCCGGAGAGCAAAUCUGCUGUUGAAGUGGAGGACGGGAAGGAGCGGGGAGGGAGCUGUCAUCGCCGAGGAGCCGAUCCGCCUCUUUAGCUUAAGUGUGGUGGGGAAUUAACUCCGCGGCAACACAAGGAUCCCCUCCAGAGCGGAAAGGUGACGCCUCGACAUGAUUUAAAGGUGAAAUGACACGUUUGCACCCUUUAAAGCCCGGACGGUGUCUGACACAGCCUCUCAGCCGGGAGAGUUAAGCGCUGCGCCUGGACGUUUGGAGCGAUCGCUGGGCACAGGACAGCCCCGCAUCCGCAGUUUCGCAAACCUUAAGCGGGAACUUGUGGGAAGCCCAACGGCGAUAUGGAUGGAUUUAAGACAGCGUGAUGAUUUCUUUGGAUGAGCACUAGUAAGGUUUCUUUUCUGCUGGCCGGAUUAAGCAGCUGCACCCACCAUGUCCUGGUUCUGGUGCUUGUGGAUUAGCACCAGCGCCGUCAUGCUUUGCCGGGCCACUCUCUACAACACCAUCCAGCAGCACCACCUGCCCAGGCCUGGCCGCAACGCCAUCCAGAUCCUCGAGGGUGGGACGUGCGAGGUCAUCGCCGCACACCGGUGCUGCAACAAGAACCGCAUUGAGGAACGAUCCCAGACGGUGAAAUGCUCCUGUCUGCCUGGGAAGGUGGCCGGCACGACGAGGAACAAGCCGUCAUGCGUCGAUGCCUCCAUCGUCAUUGGGAAGUGGUGGUGCGAGAUGGAGCCCUGUCUGGAGGGAGAGGAGUGCAAGACACUGCCAGACAACUCCGGCUGGAUGUGCUCCUCCGGGAACAAGAUCAAGACGACCAGGGUAAGGGAUCCCGACCCUGUGCUCGCUGGCGCGCACUCUGACUCGCUAGCGGGGCCUCGCCCGUGACUCCCACUCAUACUGAUGGUGAGAAUGACAAACCCGGCCGGCCAGCGGGGCCGACGCACACCCAGCGGCUGGUCCACCGGCUCGCUGCCUGUUUCCUGCACCGCGGCGAACGCACCUGUCAGUCACAGCUGCCAGUAACACCGAACUGCCGAAGCUGCAUCAAAAGCGUGCGGCAGCAGCCGGCUGGUAAACAUGCCGGGCUCAUCAGCAACACACCAGCUAAUUAUUCCGCGCUCACACAUCAAAAAGGGCCAGACCGCUGCGUAAACCCUAAACAAACGCGAGUGGAUCGAUGAGAAGUCCACAGCAAGGCGCAUUAGUCACACAUCUUGAAGUCCAAGCCAUCUGUACGGGCCAGCACCCAAAUAAAGCUUUACGUGAUCUUCGACAUCACGCUCAGAGCUCACCUUAACCAUCCUCCGAGUGUGUCGGUGGAAAAAGGGUUUCUCAAAAAGUCAUAAACUGGGUGUCAACAAAAUGGGGGUAGUGACUCUUUCCAAGAAUUUCCAUCUAGGUGCAGGGAGUAUUACAGUAAGUCAGAGACAGUCCUGCUGGCCAUACACUGCCUUACCAAGGAACACGGUCACCCAUAAAACUGGAGCAUCAGGCAUGCCAAACACCGCCUCAGUCUCUGACCCAAUUGGACCUUGCACCCUCUUCUUCAUUCUGUCAUUUGUGACACACGAAACGGUGAAAUCAGUCUUGAAUCAUGACUAGCCAGCAAACGGUUUCUCAAAGCUGUCCCCGAGACCAGAUAACGUGAACAGAAGUUGACUGGAUACCAUUUUUUCGACUUGUCAAGGUAAGAAUCGCAAUACUAAUCUUCAAAGCCUGAAUUGUUUGCAUAAUGUUUUAACGCUUUAACAGAUGUGUCUCCUUGUGAUAUUGUUUGAUUGCCUUUGAAGAGAACUGUUUUGUACUCUUUUGUAAUGCUGUUCAAGAUAACUUUGAAGCACGAAGGGUGGGGACCUCUUGUCCUCACGCUUAAGGUGAGGAAGGCUUAAAGAGCAUGAAUAAUACACACAUGUGACCUGUGACCCUCACCCCUGUGGCAUUUCCUCUGCAGAACACCCAGCCAUACUCAUCCUUUUAGUUCUGGAAGCAAAGUUCAAGGAGGGAUGAAUUGACAUGGGGCAGCAUCAUUGCUUCUAAAAAGAGAGGGGCCUCCCUUACCUGUAUCAGCAGACAAGGCAGGCAUUUUGUUUGGGGAGUCACGUUGAGGGGAGCUGGAGACGCCCAUACUCACGCCCAGCAUAGAUCCUCAUUCUGCUCCACUGGCUAAAUACCGUUAACAGACGCUGGCCUAACCUUAAUACAAAGGCUGGAUAUUCGCUGUGCGGUGAAGAAUGUUCUACUCAGCAACAGGGUCAUGUGCUCUGUGCUCCCAGAUUGCGCUCAUUAGACGGGUUGGAUCGGGCUGUGUGCAUUAUUUAUCGUGUCAUUAGGAGAUUUAGAUGGAAAAGGCACAGAGGGUAACACUGUGGCCAAAAAGAACAGACCUGGUGCCAUGAGGUUGCCAGUUCAGAACCCGGGAAGGAUGCUGAACUUAACACAGUUACUUCAGCGUUUAUGCAUCUGCUGAUUACUGAGGACCAUGCGAGCUGCUUUCUGCAAGCGUGUUUUCCAAAUGACUAUAACCGAGAUGUAUUUAUAAACCAUGUAGACAAAGACCAUAAUGGGAGAGUUGAAAAAAAUGACAGGCUCCUCGUGGGAGAUACCGCACAGUAAAUACUCGAGCAGACUUCCUUUUUAGACAUGUGAAUUGCUAUUCUUUUAUUUAGAUGGGCUGUUUUCCAAGAGAGAUGAGUAAGGGUCAUUUUUUUCACAAAAAGGCUUUCUAAGCAAACACGGCCUUUCAGCGCAGUUCUUUAAUGUUUAAACACCACAUGUUUCUAUAUUAGAAAACAGACGGCAAGCAGCAGAGCAGAGGCUCACAGUAACAGACACCCAUCUGCUCGUCUUUUUCACAGGGACUCUUAUUACGAGCCGAUAAAUUGACGCCGGCUCAGGCUAUCGAAUCAGGAGUCAGGCGAUCGAUUGAACAGUGCAAUGAGCAUUAAGCGGAUCCGGCCCUUUGACCACCACUUCCUGUUUCUGUACGCUCUGCUUGCAACUGUGAAUGUCACAUUAAAUAGAUUUUGAUGCAA